AAAGAUAGGAGCAGUUCUAAGAACAUGGGAAGAAUUUCAAGGACUGCAAGUUAUGCAAUUGCCACUUCAAUACAGGAAAACCAACAACAACCUUGUAUUGCUUGCACCACUUUUAACAUUCUUGCUCCCAUAUAUAAGCGCGUCAACCAUGAGGACCUGAGUUGCCGUGAAAGCGACCACAGAGUGUAUUGGUUGGCCAGGAAUCACAGGAUAUUGGAUUGGUUGUUAUAUGAGAGAUCUUCCAUUAUCUGUCUUCAGGAAUUUUGGGUUGGAAAUGAAGAGCUUGUUAAUUUGUAUGAGAAGAGACUUGGUGAUGCUGGAUAUAUUAUUUUCAAGCUUGGACGGACUAACAACCGUGGUGAUGGUCUUCUGAUAGCGGUGCAAAAGGAAUAUUUUACAGUCCUUAAUUAUAAGGAGUUGCACUUCAAUGAUUGUGGUGAUCGAGUAGCUCAAUUGUUACAUGUUGAGUUAGCUUUUCCAUUUUCACAAUGCCAAAACAGUGAUAUUAGGCAGGAAAUUCUUAUUGUCAACACUCACCUACUUUUUCCUCAUGAUUCGAGUCUUUGCCUUGUACGACUGCAUCAGGUCUACAAGAUACUUCAAUAUGUGGAAUCUUAUCAGAAAGAGCACCAACUUAAGCCUAUGCCAAUUAUGCUUUGCGGUGACUGGAAUGGAAGCAAACGGGGACAUGUUUACAAGUUCCUGAGGUCUCAGGGGUUUGUAUCAUCAUAUGAUACUGCACAUAAGUACACUGAUGCAGAUGCUCACAAGUGGGUUAGCCACCGUAAUCAUCGGGGAAAUAUAUGUGGUGUUGAUUUUAUAUGGCUUCUAAAUCCUGACAAAUAUGGUAAACUACUAAAAGCAAGUUGGAGUGAAGCAGUAUUUGGCAUGUUCAAGUAUCUAUUGCGAAGAGCUUCACUGACAGAAAGUGAUGCAUUUGCUUUUUUAAAGGCUGGAGACGAAGAUUGUAUUACCUAUUCUGGUUUCUGUGAAGCACUUCAACAGCUUAAUUUAAUUGGUCAUUGCCAUGGGUUAAGUGUUGAAGAGACAAAGGAUUUGUGGAUUCAAGCAGAUAUAGAUGGAAAUGGUGUUCUUGAUUAUAAAGAAUUUCUGCAACAAAUCUGGAAUCCAACUGGAUCAGAUCAGAGAGAUGAGAACAUAAAUGUGAAGCAGGCUAACGAGGCAAAUAAUAGUGAGGAGGAGCAAACAAUUGGUUUUAGUGUAAAAAAUGCAGUUCUGUUCCCUCCAGAGGUGGAGAAAGGUAGAUGGCCUGAAGACUACUCCCUUUCUGAUCAUGCAAGACUCACUGUAGUUUUCUCACCUGUAAGAAUGUCAUGCUCCCAAAUGAUUUCUUGA